UUGCCCGAGUUCAGACGUUCACGUACUUACAAGAUCAAGUACGCCUAGAACCUAGUGGACGAGAUCUAGUCGAAUUAGUGGAACUGUACGAGCUCUAGUGGAACUUGGGCGUUUUAAUGGAAAUUUAGGAGUUCUAGUGAAUAUUUGGGAUUUUAGUGUGGACUGUUUCAGGAUUGUUUUGUGAUGUUUUUGUUUGCAAUUUUUUUGUUGUUGUUGACGGAGAAUGGACGUGCUACGUAUAGUACGAGAGAACUGGAGGGUUAUCCGAAGGGUUACUUGUCUGAUUGUCCUGGUUCAGACAAAGAAGCCUAUAUCACGAAGAAAAGCCUUAAACACCUGUCAUUUAUGAUCCAAACGGGCACCGACCCGAAUGCUGUCAAAAGAAAAUAUAACUACUACCAAAUGGCAAAUCUGGCUAAAGACCCAGAUCUAGACUUUAGGAAGAAGACUUGUAUAUAUGUGGGAGGAUAUUUGGAUAGCCCAAACUUUUUGUUCGCUAUGGCAUCAGCGAGGGCUUAUAAGGCAUUGGGCUACAACGUUUUGAUGUUGGAUACUAAUAUGUUUACUACUAUGGAGUAUCCUCGGGCCGCCCGUUUCAUGCGUCCGGUUGGUAAACACACUGCCAAGAUGUUAGUACAACUUACUAACAGUGGCUUAGACCCGAAGAAACUAGAAAUAGUGGGCCUCAGUCUAGGAGGUCAGACUGCGAGCUUCAUUGCCAAGAACUACAGAGACCUAACGAAUGUUACAAUAGCUAGAAUAACUGGAUUGGACCCCGCUGGGCCUUGCUUCAGAAAUCUAGGACCUGAUGAAAGGAUAGAUAAAAGUGAUGCGGACUUUGUCGACAUAAUCAGUACGAAUAUUGACGGAUUCGGAAUGGCAGCCCCUGUCGGCCAUGUUAAUUUUUAUGUCAACGGUGGUGAAUUUCAACCAGGCGAUGUUAUGUGGGUGUUCUGUACAGUAUUGUGCAGUCAUAUAAGAUCGUAUACUCUGUGGAUGUCGGCUUUGAAGAACCCUAAUUCGUUUAUCGCGAUCCAAUGCGACUCUGUGCAACAGGCGAGAGACAAAAAAUGUUUUGACAGAACGCCGUUAGUGACGAAUGUGAUGGGUUUGAAUGUUGACAAAAGCAAAGAAGGUAUUUUCUACCUAGCAACUGAUUACGCAUACCCCUACUAUUUGGGUGAAAAGGGUGUGAAAAGGGAGAACGAUUUUUUCAUAUCCAUGACUUCCUCUUUGAAUCAAAAAAGUGUGAUAAAAAUUUAAAUUAAAGUGUUCGUUUAUAAAAUAAGUAGAAAAUUUUACAAUGUCCAGUACAAAAUAAGUGCGAAUACAUGUUCGAGAAUAAUUUUAUUCAGAUCAUUAGCUGUUUUAAAAAACAAAAGCAGGAAACCUGUCCUAUUUUGUAGUUUACCACACGACACGCGACAAUUAUGUACAUUUCCAAAGAUUAAAUAUCAUCUCUAUCGAGCUGCUAAUAUUAAUUAUAUAAUUAGUAGGGGACUACUAGUUUAUCUUUCAUUGUCACGCAGUGCAAUUUCUACUGGUUUAUGUAAUUAAUUUAACUCUAUCAAGCAGCGCCAUCUAUAACCAUGCGCGUGAACUGCGAAGUGUAUUAAUGGUUCUACAAACAUCAUUGGUUCUCAUUGAAAUAAUUCCAUACAUACAUUAGUUGUUCAGAGACGUGUCCAUAGAUGGCGCUACUUAUAUUUUUUAUAGAAACGGGUCUCAGUUUAUUUUAAUUUUUAUUAUUACUUUUGUCUCUAAGUUGUAUACAAGGUUUUACAAAAUUUAAGCAAAGAUUACCUUCCUUGGCAAUUUUUCACUUUAUUUAAUAUUUUUACUAGCCUAAAAAAUUAAAGUUAAAGACUGGAACAAUGCCUUGCAAAAUUUAUGCAAGGUACCUAUACCUAGCUUGACAAAUUUUUAUUUUGCCUUCAUUUUAAAAUAAAUAUAAUAAAGUAAACAUUAAAAAAAACAUAAACUAUUCGCUAACUCAGUUGCUUUAGGAAACCUACUGAAAUCAUUUAAUGAUUUUAGUGCCACGAAAUGUAGUAUGUCACUUAAGGCAUACCUACGUCAGAAAAUGAAUAAAAAAAAUAACAAAGUAGGUACCUACCUAAUUAAUCAAGGAUUGUUUUCAUUCACACUUGAAUCAAACUGUCUCAAAGAGUUCAAACAUAUUUUACAUUUUUGGCACAAUUUGAUUUAUAUUCAAGAGGUUCUUGCUUCGUUUCUCUUUCAGAUGCGAUGCGAUUUGCCUGAUUUGUAUUAAAAUGUAAAAUAAUCUUUUUUUUAAACGACUUCAAAAAAGGAGGUGGUUCUCAAAUUCGCCAUUAAUUAACCAAUUUUAAAAAUUCUUCUUUUAUUUGAAAGAGAUCGGUCCCAUUUCAUUUUCAUGAAAAUCAGUUUAGUAAUUUUGUGUUAAUUCUUAUUUAUGAGAAAAGAUUAUUCUAACCAGCACCUAAGGUACUUACUAAACAGAGUUUUCUAAACUCGACAUUGAAUGCUUAAAUCACCUGUUUAAUCACAUUAGACCUAUUGAACAACCAAAUUGGCUUGUUUUUAAUUUAUUCUAUUUUUUUAAAUCUAUUCAAGGUCAAAUACUGGCCGAUUAAAACGCAUUGGAAUUGCAAGCAGCUGCCUACCUGGCCACUCUUUGAAACUUCAGUCUUUGUUCAUAUAAAUAAGAAUUAUUAUUACGCAAAUAAAAGCGUUCGCAUAUUAGUCCACCGCACUUUUUACCGCAUAUUUUGCAUACCAGCUUUGCGGAGCAAAUGAUGAUUCUUUCCCUCAAUCUACUAUAUCU